AUUGUAGCAUAAGACUUCAUUUAUUUGAAUGAUUGCAUACCGGUAAAAUCUGUUAACAGGGUCUUUGUGCCCUGAAGGAAGAUAUACUUCGAAAAACAAAAUUGUGACUAGGAUUACGAAACUGCGGCAUACGAUUGCAGUCCUGUGUAACUGGCCGUGUUGCCGAAAAAACAUAAACUGUGAGCCCACGCAGCAUGCAGAGAGAAGAGGGUGAGGACGGAAGCUGACGAACACGAGCUCAGUUUCGCGAAGGAAACCGAGUUGCGGUGCAAUUUACUUCUCGGGGAUAUACCCCACUCGAGCUUCACGCACCCAAGACGAUUACAGUCUCGGAUACACCUUCCAUCUUUCUUCUCUUCGGCACGUCUGUCACAACCAGCACGAAACCAAAGGUUAAAAUUUGCCGCCCAUCAUCUUUGCCGUCUUCUGCCGAAGUGAGAAAAUUUCAUCCUACAUGGAAUCUGUCAAUCCCGGCUUCGAACUUGUUGAGCCAGCUGCAGAGCUACUUGGUCUGUGCUUGAGUAACCGGUCAUGGCCCCCCACUCAGUUCUAGCUUUGGCCGGAGCGGGAACCGUGCUGCUGUUUGUUGUCUGCCGAUUGCAGUGCCUGGGGUUCAUGCCGCACGAGGAAGACAACGUCGCUGCGCCUGCCCCGGCCUCAGCCAACGUCUGCUUUCCAGAUAGUUGUAGGUGUUGGAACGACAGAAGGUUAGAAUGGUCGGCUGACUGCUCACAAAAUAAUGGAAGCCUCACGUUCGUCCCCAUACUCAGUGAGCCCAACAUAACCUUCCUAAACUUCUCCUAUAACAAAGUCCAGGUCAUCACCGACGACUUUUUUGCCAAUGUCACCGACCUUCAGUAUCUGGAACUUUCCAAUAACAACAUCAUCAACAUCAGUUUCCAGGCUUUCAAGAACCUGACUAAGCUGGAAUAUCUCUACCUGAACUUUAACUAUAAUCUCACGUUCGACAUUCUUCGGCCAGUCUUCCUGAUCCCGACCUUGAUAAGGCUCGACGUCAGACAUUCCAGUUUGACACCUCCGCCGGAUGGCUACUUCAAGAACUACUUUUCGCCGAGUCUGGAGACUUUAUUCCUGCAUGAGAACGAAAUCGGCGACAUCGACUUGGCUGUGUUUAAUAGCUUUACAAGCUUACGGAAGCUCGGCCUGGCUACGAACUACAUCUCGAAGGUGACCACAAGCAGUCCUACGCAUCUGGAGAUCCUAGAAAUACAGACAAAUGGCAUUCUCAGAUUUCCAGAGACUUGUAUAAACGGAAGUAACGAAUCGCUGUUUCCGAACUUAACGGAACUGUGGCUCAUCGAGAAUGUGAUGCGGUGGCUUCCAGACAAAGUGUGUCUGCCCAAACUGUGGCAGUUACAGAUGAACGGAAACUUCUUCAAGCAUUUUGUGAAAGACAUGCUUCAUCCCUUUACGAAUCUGACGUCCGUCUACCUGAACGCCAUGAACACGAAACCGUGGGGCAUUGAUGAAUUUGCUUUCAGAAGUCCCAUAUUGACAAAUCUUUCUUUGGCCUUUAACCAUCUUGACUUUUCCAGGAACACUAUACAUUCCGGAGCCUUUGCAGGCAUACCCCACCUGAGUUUUUUGAGUCUCUACCAAAACUAUUUUCACUAUGUAGACGACAACCGAUUUUCCGAGUUGUUCAGCAACUUGACGAAUUUGAACUACAUUAACCUCGGCUAUUGUUCAGUCGCCAGCAUUUCCAACAAGACCUUUCGGGGAAUGACAUCUCUAACAACCAUCGUCCUCUCUGGCAACACACUGCGCUUCAUACCCGAAGGGACGUUCGACGAUCUGCCAAACUUGACAAGCAUCGACCUGAGCAGCAAUCAACUGUCUUUGAUUACAGAAUACACAUUUAGCGCGGCGCUGCGAGGAAGACUCAGCAACGUUUCUUUUGCGUGGAAUCUGUUUGAGUGCACUUGUGACCUGCUGUGGUUCCACCAAUGGCUUCUCUCCAGUAAGAAUAUUUUUAGAAACGGUAAUUACUAUCAGUGUUAUAAUGUGGCCAACACGACUGUCACCGAGUUCUACGUGGACCAGCAAGCUUGUCUGCUGAGUCGUGACACUCUCACCAUCAUUACAGUCGUCUCGUCAAUGCUCAUCUUCACGAUCACGUUGGCAGUGACGCUCUUCCGCUACCGCUGGCACUUCCGCUUGCUGCUUUAUGAGGCCUUUCGGGCAGGAUCCAACCGUAGGCGCAGACGUCUGCGCAGAAAUUUCCAGUAUGACGUCUUCGUGUCCUAUGCCGAAGGGGACUUAAGCUGGGUCCUCACUCACCUCAUCCCCGGUUUGGAGGACCGCAUGGGCCUGCGUGUUUGCCUCCACCAGCGGGAUUUCAUACCGGGACACAACAUCGUGGACAACAUCGCCGACAGCGUGGAGGGCAGCCAGAAGAUGAUGAUGGUCUUCUCCCAGCACUUUGCUCGCAGCCAGUGGUGUCAGUUCGAGUUGGCGCUCUGCCUGUCGCAUGUCAUGGACCAUGAUGACGACCUUCUGGUCGUUCGCCUGAGCGACGAGUCGACUUCACGUGACAUGACGGCCGCUAUGAUGGCUGUGCUCAAGACGACGACCUACAUUCAAUGGGAAGAUAAUGUGGAAGCCAGAAACUCUUUCUGGGGUCGUUUGACAAUCGCCUUGCAGGACCUCAAUCGUCCGGAGUAUGAGGCCAGUGGGUCAUACACGGGCGUGUAUAGGUGAACUGCUGUCUGUUUGCCGAGACCAACGCUCGCCUCUUGGAAAGUUCUCCGCUGUUAGUCUUAUCGAACCUAAACAAUGAACGUGACUUAACCGGAAGCUCUGUGUACACCAGCCUCGUUUUAGUAGUUAACUAGAAAAAAGCGUCUGUAAGCAGUCCAGUAAUACAAGUUCGUGGUUGAGAUUUAGACCGCUAGUUCGUCGCAUUCAAAAUCCAGACCCACAAUACUGGUACCGCGUGUGGCAAACUGAAGUACGCUUCUGAAACAAAUGGGAGUUUACGGCAAUAGUUUAAAGCGCCAACCUGGUUAUCCCUGAAUGCUCUGUACAAAAUGGUCUUUGUGAUGCCAGUUUUAGUCAUUUGUCCUGAAGUCAUUUGAACAUCCAAAUGUUUUGGUAUUUCAUUUUGUUUUUAAAUUUCCUUUGUUUAGAAAAUACUUUAGAUUUAACGAUUCAGACUGAAAGGGGAAUGAUUGGAGAUGGCGGAAACAACUUUCAAGGCAGAUGGUCACUGCGACCAGCCCAUUGGUAACGUGAGCACCAUAUUUCUCUUCUUAAAGCAACCACUAGUUUGUUGAACAUUC